AUGGAUCAAGAGGUAGGCGCCGUGGGCCAUGAUGUCCAGGUCGUCGAUCCUGACGUGCGCGGCUAUGUGUAUAGCCUAGUCACGGCCCUGGGAGGAUUCAAUGGCGAAGAUGCCGACAAAUACGUCCUGGGAGACGACGCAUUAGCAUGUCUGCGCGACAUCAAGCGGUGGCUGAAGCUGUACGACGAAAAGAACAACCGCAUGGACGUGGUUCGAUGUCUCGGCGAAGCCAACCUGGUGAACGGGGACAUCCUGCCAAUUCUGUCGGUGUGGUGGGCAAAUGGACAGAAGAGCAAGCAUAUGACUCGGAUUGCACUGGCAUGCUUGGAGCUCCUCGUCCCCUUGACCUGGCCGGUCGAAUUUCACAACCAGAUGACCGUCAAUCACCACCGCCACACACCAUAUUUGCAGCAGGUGCAAGUGCAGUACAAACGAGGUCUUCUCAAAUAUGGCGGAUCGAGUCUUCUGCGCGCCGUGAUUCGGAUUGCUCUUCCCAGCAUGGCGAUAGCCCGAUCAGAACGAACAAGCCGAGACGAAGGAAUCCUGAAAUUGAUGCUCUACCUUCUACGGAAUGUCGCCAUUAUAUCUCCCAAUACACGGCUUGCAGCAGAGGGUGACGAGGAGGAGACAUCCCGAUCAUCCACCAUCAAUGCUUUCCAGGACCAGGACGCGUUUGCUCUGCUUCUGACCAUGUGCUCCAAUGUUGGAGAUGAUUUCAACUUGCAGGAUGUUGUUCUGCUGGAAGUGCUUUUCCACCUGGUUAAAGGUGUCAACGUGGAGAAAUUGUUCAUGCACGAGGAUCAGAGAAAGGUAAAACGGUCAGAGGAACUCGGCGAUCUCCUGCGCAAAGAAUCACAGGUACGACGAGAAUACGCAAAGAACGCCCCAACACGGCAUGGACGAUUCGGCACAAUGAUUUGGGUCAAGCGAGAUGAAGGGAAGGUGUCCACGGUCUCCGGGCAAGAUGUUCUUCGGGACAACCAAACAACCCUGAACAAAAUGGACCAGAGCAAGAAGUGGAACAAGCCUCGACCACGUCGGAGACAAGAAGAUACGGCACCAACCAAUAAUUUCAACAUGCCAACGCAUCUCACGUCUCUAGCCUCGAAGAACCUGAGGACAUUUGUGGAGGAAUUCCUGGAUUCGGGGUUCAACCCUUUGUUCACUCAUGUACGAAAAGCAAUUGAGCGCGAAGCGGAGCGUGUCCUUGAGACCAACUCGCGCCAGUUCUUUUAUACGGUUGCCUGGUUCCUCGAAGCAGAGCGUAUGCGACGCGCCCGCCAACAAAGACAGCAUACGCAAAGCGAGGAUUCUGCCAAACAGACAGAGCCUGACAGCUAUGGUCUUGUUGCCGGCGUACUCAACCAGGAGACCUUCAUUACUCUGAACCGGGCGAUGCAGAGCAGUUUCGACAACAAGGAAUGGGAAGAUCUCAACGCACAGAUGCGCUGCUUCACGCAGAUUCUAUUGACGGUCCAGGAAAUGGCCGUUUCGCCCCUCGAAGAAGACCAUGAGAUUGCCGAGAAUAUUCAAAAUCGAAUUUUCUACGAAGAGACGACCCAUGACCGGAUCCUGGCUAUCGUGCGCGGGUACAAAGACCAGGGAUUUGGAUACCUGGAUGCAUGCACCGAGCUUGCACAUGUCUUUCUGCGAAUGCUGGAACGCUAUUCCAAAGAAAAUACCGAUAUGCAAGUGCGGUCACGUCGAAAGGCUACACGCAAGAAGAAGGCCGAUAAAACCGCGGAAGAGGGCGGCAUGGAAAAUGAUGACGAGGGUGCCUCUGAAGAUGAAGACAUGGAGGACGCGGCCCAAGUUAUCAAAGAGCGCGCUUUCGAUUUCAAGCGCUUCGCCGCGAAGUUUUGCAACCAGAAAUGCGUGGAUACGUUUGUCGCGUUCACUACAUAUUACCGGGAGUUGAGCUCAGAGCAGCUCAAGCGUGCCCAUCGCUACUUCUAUCGCACUGCAUUCAAACAGGAGAUGAGUGUCCUGUUGUUUCGACUAGACAUUAUCAAUCUAUUCUACAGGAUGAUCAAGGGUCCCGGGGGGAUGGAUUCCAGCAAACCGAUUUUCAAAGAAUGGGAGGAGCUGGUCCAGCAGCUCCUGCGACGACUAACCAAGAGACUGGAUCAACGUCCUGCUUUGAUCACCGAGUUGCUUUUCAGUAAGAUCAACGCCACUGCCUAUUACCUAGAGUACGGCCACGAACGACAGACUUUGUCUACUGCCAAACGCCCACCCGCAGAGCUUGAGAUCACUUCCAAGGAGGCCACUACAAAAGAAGCCAAACUGGGCCUUGUUGUUGGUGCCCUUGUGCUCGACGGACGGGCUGAUUUGGUUAAAUGGGUGGUUGACGUUCUUGGCUCGGCGGCAUCGGAGAGAGAGGCUUGGGAAGCCCAAGAAGAAGCCAAGAGGGCAGAAUCUUCCGAGGCGAUCAGUAUUCCCCAUCCGAUGAUUCCAGCCGUCAAAACCCGAGAUGAUUUCUGCAAGAACGCCAUGUUCGCAAAUGCGAAGCUUCGUCUUCUCAUGACUGUAGUCGGGUUUGAACGACUCGGCGUGGAAGAUGUGCCCGGUGCUUCCUGGGUCGUUCCUUCGGCCAUGACAGCCACGGAUCUGCACGAAAUUAUUUCCGGGGUGAACAAGGCUCUGGUGAGCCCAGUAUCAGAAGAAAACGAUCCUCGUGAGCAGCUUCGCCGCAAGCCCACUGGAAGCGCGCGUGAUAGUUUGACGCUGCAGUCAAAUGUCAAUGUCAAUUUUGGGUCAGAAUCUGAAGGCGAAGACGAAGUUCCGGAUGGUUUCUUAUUCCCUCCGAACCCGCGAUCCAAGUCCAAUGCGCUCGACGAAUUGAAGAAGAAGCGCAAGAAGAAGCGAAAGAGUGACGCCGAAGAGGAACCCCUAGACGAUGAGAUUCUGGAGGAGCGUCGUCAGGCUCGUCUUACGAAUACCCUGGCCCGCCAGGCAAAGAUCAAGAGCGAUCUGUUCAUUCAUGCCAGUGACGAGGAAAGCGAUGAGGAGGCCGAUAAGGAGUUCUUCCGCCUGGAAGCCGAGCGGCGCAAGAAGCAGGCCGAAAAUGUCAAAAAGGCUAUGCUUACCGGGGAGAUGGAAGCCGCUCAAGGCAAGAAGAAAGUCUCACGCAAACGAAAGAGCGAGACUGGCGCUGCAGAAGCCAAACGAGCGCGUCGCAAGUCCGCUGAAAGUGAUGUCGAUAGCGAUGGAGAUGACGAUAUUCUGAUGGCGGAUUUGGAUGACCAGUCGCCUCGCUCGCAGCAAGAAGUCUCUACUAGCCAUGGAGCUCUGGACGAGGACACCCCUCUUACAUCGGCCGAGGACGAUCUCUACUUCGACGAUGAUCUCGCUUUCAGCCGAGAUAAACCCGUCAGCGCGGCCAUGGAUGUUGACGACGACGACGAAGAUACCCCGGUGGUUCCGUCACGGCGGCGGAUGCGAGGAGGAUUUGUUCUUGAGAGCGAUUCGGACUGA